AUGAAGCGAGAAGGCAAACAACAUGGCAUGGUGAAGACCUUACUGAUUUUACCACCGUUGCCUAAUACCAAGCCAAAAUCGAGGUGGAUCCCUAUGACUUACAACCCAACCUCCGGAUCAUUUGCCAAAGUGCCAUCAAAGCCGACCAACCACUCGAGAUCCACCGGAAAAUGCUGGUCAGCAACGUGCCCUGAGUGCCAUUCACAUCCACUCUCCAAAUCCAGAGUCAAAAGUAAAGGAUGUUCAAAGAUGAGAGCAAGUGACGUCACAUAUAAUAUGCUGACUUGGCAAGUUCCUCCUGGUGGGACAAGACCUUGUUUGAAGCUUUCCGGGUUCUCGGCUACCGGAAUCCUUAAUCUAAUGUCUGAUGAUGAUGAUUAUGCUGAUGAUCAUGAUUAUCAGUCUGAUGAUGAAAAAGAAGGAGAUGUUGUAGAGGAAGUUGUGAAUAUACAGAGUGAUGAUGGUGAAAAAAGAGAAGAUGGGUCUCAUGAUGAUGAUGGAAGGCUAAGUUUUUGUGAUGUGGGGCUGAUGAUGAUUGAUCAUGUGGAAGAGUUUGAUGAAGAAGGAUGGUGUUUGGUUGAAGAAAUAAUGACUUAA